UCCUCCUCCGAAAGGUCUCCCAGCCUCAGUCCCCAUCUCUUCUUUCCUCAGCUCCUCCCUUCUCGGUUGCUCCUCCUCCUCCUCCUCCUUUCUGACGAUUAUGCCACUCACUAAUCCUCACCGGGUGUCUUCGGGAGGCAUUGGGUACGAUGUGGGACUCAAAGGCAACGCCCUGCUCGCCGUCGUCACUGCUUGUUGUGCUACUGGCUUCUUCCUCGUCGGCUACGACAAUGGUGUCAUGGGCGGUGUCAUUGGCACAACUUAUUUCGUCGACUACUUCAACAACCCCGACGCCAACAUGACGGGUAACAUCGUUUCCCUCUACGAGAUCGGGUGCCUCGUUGGAGCUCUGUCCACUUUUGUCAUCGGCUCGGUCCUCGGUCGUCGUCUCUCCAUCAUCGUCGGGACUCUUUGGAUGAUUGUUGGAGCCAUCCUUCAAGCUGCUGCCACUAGCACAGGUAUGCUCAUUGCCGGUCGAGUCAUCACUGGCGUGGGCAUGGGCAUCAUCAACGCGACUGUGCCGGUGCUGCAAGCCGAAUGCUCACCGGCAAUGUCUCGAGGCAAGCUAGUAGCCAUCGACCUCGUCGUGCUCAAUUGCGGCAUCGUAUUGUCGUACUGGAUCGAUUAUCUCUUCAACUUCGGCGGAAGUCUGACCGGCAACGUCACUUGGAGGGCACCUCUGGCUCUGCAGCUCGUCUUCAUCGUAGUCAUCCUCAUCCUGGCUCUGAUCUUGCCCGACACUCCUCGAUGGUAUGCAUCACGAGGCAGGAAGGAAGAGACUCUUUCUGUUCUCGCCCGACUCCGCAACAAGCCCACCACCGACGUAGCAGUUCAAGCUGAGUUCAAUGACAUUCUGCAGACCAUUGAGCACGAGGCUGCUUCCCAACAGAAGGGCUUCUUGUCCCUCAUCAAGCCCGGAGAGGGAUGGAAGGACGACAGCAUCCGAUCUCGCCGACGACUCGGUCUCGCUUGUUUCAUUCAGGCUGCACAACAACUUGGAGGUAUCAACGCCCUCAUCUACUACAGUUCGACCCUCUUCUCGGUAUCCCUCGGCUUCGGCUCCAGGGACUCGGCUCUCUUGGCUGGAGGUCUGAACAUGGUGUUGAUCCUCGGAGCCGUCAUCUCCAUCUUCCUCGUCGACCGUCUGGGCAGGCGACCGCUGUUGCUCUCCUGCAUCAGCGGCAUGUCUCUGGUCUUUGUCUGCCAGACCGUCUUCGUCAAGAGGAUUGCAGAGGGCAUCGCAAGUGCUGCCGUUGGCAACGCCGCGGUGGCUAUGCUUUUCCUAUUUGAGCUCUUCUUCUCCGUCGGCUUCCAAGCUACUGUCUGGAUGAUCCCCUCUGAAGUCCUGCCGCUGAGCAUCCGAACGCAAGGGUCCGCCUUGUCUACAGCCAGCAACUGGAUCUGUAACUUUGCCGUCGUCAAGUUCACUCCCUCGGCGCUUCAAAACAUCACCUGGCGGACGUACAUCAUCUUUGCCAUCAUGAAUGCCGCCUGGGUCCCCGUCAUCUUCUUCUUCCUUCCCGAGACUGCGCAAAAGUCUCUCGAGCAAGUAGAUGAGCUCUUUUCCAAGGACGGUUGGCAGCUGGACCACAAGCCUGGUCAGACUGGAGAGAAGAUUGCUCAGCAGAUGGAGAGUAGGAGGGGAAGCCUGGAGGCGGGAAGGGCGAGGGAGGAGAGCUCGGACAUCGAUAGCAAGACCGAUGGCGUGCAGUAUACCACGACGAAUGUUUAGAGAGUUGCGAUAGAGGUCCAGAAUGCACCGUCGUCCUUCAU